UGUCACCCAAAGUUAUUAAAGUUUAGAAUUUUUCAUUUGCUGUUGUUGUUAUUUCGUUUGUAAUUUUUAUUUUCAACUCAGCUAAGUUGGCUGACUUGGACUUGACCAAACUCUCGGAUGUACGGCUCUGGGUGUGGGACUGUCGGGGCCACAGGCAGCCAGCGUGCACGUGCGUUUGUUGACAGCGUCAGCAACGCUUUGAUUGGCAUUUUGUUGUGUUGCCCGCUGGUUUUCUUUGUGUAGCGACAGACAAGCAAACAUUUGGUGGUUCGCUCCGUGUCUGGCUUGUCCGUGGUUUGGGGGAGUAUGUCCUGUAUCGGAAACGUUACACUCCAGCACUGUAGGGGGCAGUAAGCAGUGACAACGCCGCGGAGGACAGUGUGAACCCAAACCACUGCAGGAGGAUGUGAUGCUAUGCUAGCAAAGCCAACAAGCUAAACCCGAUUUAUCCAUUAUUAUCCCGUUGGUGUCAAAAAUGAAACUGUACUGUCUGUCCGGUCACCCGACCCUGCCCUGCAAUGUCCUCAAAUUCAAAUCCACUACCAUCAUGUUGGACUGUGGGCUGGACACUACCUCAGUCCUCAACUUCCUGCCCCUGCCUCUGGUGCACAGCCCAAGACUAUCCAAGCUUCCUGGUUGGGUUUCUAAGGAUGGAACAGUAAACCUAGAGAAGGAGUUGAAGGAGUGUGCAGGAAGAGUGUUUGUGGACUCACAACCAGAAUUCUGUCUCCCUGAGAAAGAGUUGCUGGAUCUGUCUACCAUUGACGUCAUCCUCAUCUCCAACUACCACUGUAUGAUGGCUCUGCCCUACAUCACUGAGCACACAGGCUUCACUGGGACCGUGUACGCCACAGAGCCCACGCUGCAGAUAGGCAGACUGCUGAUGGAAGAGCUGGUCAACUUUAUGGAGAGAGUACCCAAAGCCCAGUCUGCCACCUGCUGGAAGAACAAGGAAAUACAGAGGAUGCUUCCUGGCCCUUUGAAGGAUGCAGUGGAGGUUUGGACGUGGAAGCGAUGCUACAGUAUGCAAGAAGUCAACUCUGCCCUCAGCAAAGUGCAGCUUGUGGGUUACUCCCAGAAAGUGGAGCUGUUUGGGGCUGUCCAGGUCUCCCCUCUUAGCUCUGGGUACUCACUGGGCAGCUCCAACUGGAUUAUCCAGUCUCAUCAUGAGAAAGUUGCUUAUGUGUCCGGCUCGUCCCUCCUCACUACACAUCCACAGCCAAUGGACCAAAGCUCUCUGAAGAACAGUGACGUUCUGAUUUUAACGGGCCUCACUCAGAUGCCCACCGCCAACCCAGAUGGCAUGCUGGGGGAUUUCUGCAGUAACCUGGCCAUGACGAUUCGUGCAGGAGGCAAUGUGCUGGUGCCGUGCUACUCCUCAGGGGUGAUAUAUGACCUGCUGGAGUGUCUGUACCAGUUCAUUGAGAGUGCCAGCCUGGGGACCACGCCCUUCUACUUCAUCUCACCUGUCGCCAACAGCUCGCUGGAGUUCUCUCAGAUCUUUGCUGAGUGGCUUUGCCACAACAAGCAAUCAAAGGUCUACCUUCCAGAGCCUCCUUUCCCCCAUGCAGAGCUGAUCCAAACCAACAAGCUGAAGCACUACCCCAGUAUUCACGGAGACUUCAGCAGCGAGUUUCGUCAGCCGUGUGUGGUGUUCACUGGUCACCCCUCCCUGCGCUUCGGCGAUGUGGUUCACUUCAUGGAGCUGUGGGGCAAGUCCAGCCUCAACACCAUCAUCUUUACAGAGCCAGACUUCUCCUACCUGGAUGCCCUGGCUCCCUACCAGCCGCUGGCUAUGAAGUGUGUCUACUGUCCCAUAGACACACGGCUCAACUUCCACCAGGUGUCCAAGCUGCUCAAGGAGGUCCAGCCCCUCCAUGUGGUGUGCCCAGAGCAGUACACCCAGCCUCCACCAUCCCAGUCCCACCGCUCGGAUCUGAUGCUGGAGCUGCAGCCCCCUCCCAUGCCCUACCGACGCUGCUCUGUCCUCAGCCUGCCCUUCAGACGGCGCUACGAACGCAUCCACCUGCUGCCCGAGCUGGCCAAUUCCCUAGUGCCCUCAGAGAUCAAACCUGGCAUCUCUGUGGCUACUGUGUCUGCCGUGCUGCACUCCAAGGAUAACAAGCACACACUGCAGUCGGUACCUAAACCCCCUCCAGUGCCUCCAACCAAGAAGAGGAAGCGUGUGAUUGAGGAGCCCCCUGAGGUGCUGGCCCCCAAGCCCCUGCUUAGUGGAGCUGUGCCCCUGGAAGCUUUCCUGGCCACAUUACACAAGCAUGGCAUCACAGAGGUGAAGGUGGAGGAGACGGCGGACGGACACAUCCUGCACCUGCAGGCAGAGGACACACUGAUCCAGCUGGAGGAGGAUGGGACGCACAUCGUCUGUGACAACAAUGAGCCACUGCGCACCACCCUGCGAGACCUGGUGCUCCGCUUCUUGCAGAAACUCUGACUUGAAUCCUCUCGACGUGUCCUCCUUGAUUAUUACUUUGACAAGUGUGUUUCUGCUUUAUUGGACUGUGGAUAGAGACACAAGUGAAGGGAAAGAGGAGGAGGAGGAGGAGCGUGACAGACUCAAUGGUGAAAUGUGCUUUCAUCUACUGUGCCAUGGAGUGCUGCCACCGCAACCAUUUACAUGUAUUUAUCUUUGUCAUGUUUACAGUAGUGUUACUGUAAAGUUGAG